AGUCAUUGCACCUUCCUGAAGGUUACGGCUUCUUUCUCACCUUGAAGAAUAAUCCUAGAGUGCUCACAAAAUGUGUGAUGCAUUUGUAGGUACCUGGAAACUUGUCUCCAGUGAAAACUUUGAUGAUUACAUGAAAGAAGUGGGAGUGGGCUUUGCCACCAGGAAGGUGGCUGGCAUGGCCAAACCCAACCUGAUCAUCACUGUGAAUGGGGAUAUGAUCACCAUUAGAUCAGAAAGUACCUUUAAAAAUACUGAGAUUGCCUUCAAAUUGGGCCAGGAAUUUGAUGAAGUCACUGCAGAUGACAGGAAAGUCAAGAGCACCAUAACCUUAGAUGGAGGCGCCCUGGUACAGGUGCAGAAGUGGGAUGGAAAGACAACCACCAUAAACAGAAAAAUAGUAGAUGAUAAGUUGGUGGUGGAAUGUAUCAUGAAAGGUGUCACGGCUACCAGAAUUUAUGAGAGAGCAUAAGCCAAAUUGUACAAAAGUUUGGAUCGAACUCUACAACACUCUGUUGGAUGUAUUGUCCCGACAUAUGUUGUUAUUUUCCACUAAUUAGGAAGCAACUAAUUUUCCCCCAGACUGAUUUUGUUCAAUAUGCUUGUUGGUUAAAUAAAACUUUUUAGAUUUAUAAGGCGAUGUAAUGAUUUAUUCAUUGUGUUAGAUAACUUCUUACUUAUAACAGUGAAGAGACUAGAAAGAUUGUAUAAUUUCUUUGUUUCCAGUAGAAUAUGAUUUUUUAAAUAAUAAUCCAAGGUGAAAAAAUUAGUGUUUAUGGAUCUUCCAUUAUCUUAGGUAUGAAAUGAUAAAUAUGUGCUAUUACUGAAUGUGAAGUCCUUCUUUAGCAUAACUAGGAUCAAGUAACUAUCUCUC